AUGCUUACAGAGCUGGAAUGCGAGAGCGAGCGAGCUCUUCAAGAACUGUAUCCCAUGUUUUCCAUCACGUUUGAUUUUGCCGAUGCCGCUACACUGGCAGAAGUGACUUCAGCCCUUCAGCUAACAUCGACGGGCCUUGAAGGUUUCUCACUGGAAAACGGGGGCACAACGAUUGAUCCAAAUAUAUGGUUCAUCCCCGACAACCUUUUCCAACAGAUGUUUGGCAGUACAUUGCCAUUGAAUUGGCAAGAAUACGUCCCGAUCACACCCAAUAUACACGACCCUCCUCCUCCAGUUCCGCGCCCGUCUAACAGUCACGGAGAACAGCGUCUAUCCGACUCUGAAGGGGCAAAUAGUUCUUUCGCUGACAUAGAAGCAUACCGCGGUACAUACCAUGCUGAGCAUGAGGGAGCUUCGGGCUCAAGCAGCGUCGUAUAUCCUGAUACAAAACACUUUGGAUGCGACAUUCCUGUAGGCCAUUUUCCAACUGAUCAGCAAUUGGUAUUCCCAGAAGUGCUGAAUGGAUCACUUAACCAACACAUGGAUAUUUUCCACAAUGACUAUGGUGCGCAUCAAAUCUACCCAGAGCCACGGAUGACCUCCACUGGAGAUCCUACCAUUCCGCCAUUCCAAGAAGCAUCGAACCAAACAUUUCUUGGAGGGUAUCCUAACCCACGAGUAUCUGUACAUCCAUAUUCUGGCGACACGGAAGAAGGAAAGACAGAAAGAAACGAUAACAUAUUCGACUACGCAGAACACCAUAAACAUUCAGCUUCCGGGAUGAGUCCCGUUGAGCAGAAUGAUGGCACAUCUGCCUCAACAGCAGUUCGAAGUAACAUGCAAAGGCCUCAAAUUGGCAUGUCGCCAAGUGGUGAAGGUGAUGCAGGCAGUCUAUACCAGACGCAGACUGCGAGACAUCCAAAGGGCAGCACAAGAUUCCAAAUCAGACUAGCCAGGGGGACGUUUGAUGCGCACCAUCUUCCCGCUCUAGAUGCGGCUGCAAGAAACGGGGCGGUGUUUGAGAGGGAUGAUGGAGAAUUGCAAAGUGUAGGAAGAAAGACGAGACUAAUUGAUGGACGGCGUCAACGUCAAGCUGCAAGAACGCGCUUAGACACAGUAACCGGAAAACCAAUGAGUCAAGGUCUACGGCCUGACUGCGAGGGAUAUAAACCUAAAACUCGUAGAAACAACAGCCCGAAUAUACCUUUGGGGCAUUAUGAGACCAGCCGUCCCCUCUACGGCGCUGGAGUCGGAGACGGACUGAACACGUUGGAACACAUUGAGGAUGACAACGCAUCCGACACAUCAGAUUAUAAGCCAAAACAGACUAUGCACCCUGUCCUCCGCGACGGUAUACAAGGAUCCGGAAUGUAUGAUCCUGACCUGAAGCCCAAUGCCACAUAUUUUGAAGAAAGACAACGCAAACAAAAAACAUUCAAGCUGGGAGAAAUUCCGAUACACGGAAAUUUCCUUAAUGCGAUGCUGGAGUAUUCCCCAACCUAUGCUUGA